AUGCAGCGCCAGCGGAUCACGCUCUUCUCCGCCGAAGACGCCGACGCCAUGGCACUCCGAGAACGCUCCAGCAUGAUGCUCGGCUCGAGCCGCGGCGGCAGCCGCUUCGAGAAGCGCGCGCAGUCGUACAGCAUGCGCCCCAGCAUGACCGUGUACGGCCACGAGGGCGAGGACUACUUCGACGGCUCGGCCAGCUACUCGUCGGUCACGGAGCGCAGCGCCACGGGCAGCUUCGCGCCCAACCGCACGCGGCUCAGCGUGUCGCCUGACCUCAGCAGCGCCUUCGAGGACAUCUUCGAGACGGACUGGGAAGGAUACAUCUGGAAGCAGGGACACGUCGUGCGCUCCUGGCGCUACCGCUACGCCGUGCUCUCGGGCACGACCUUCUCGUACUACGUGAGCAAGGACGUGGCCAAGAUGGACACGGAGAAGUUCCGCGGCCGCGUCACGGUCACGGGCGCCUCGCGCGACCCCAACCGCUCCAACGGCGUGCUCAUCACCACGACCAUCAACAAGAUCUUCGCCAUGUACACGCGCUCCAGCAUCGAGUGCGAGAUCUGGGUCAAGAUGCUGCAGCAGGCCGUGCAGAACGCCAACAGCCAGAAGCCCGGCCAGAGCUUCAGCGGCGCCUCCAACGGACGCGACUCCGACCUGCAGAGUGUCCAGAGCGCGCGGGCGAGUCAGUGGAACUCGGCGGCCGGCGCGCCCAUGCCCUUCUCGACGGGCGGGCUGCUGGCUCAGACUGUACGUUCGUCAGGCGACUGGAAGGCCAGGAACCUGGCCACGAUCAAGCAGUUCUACUCCAUGUGGACGACUCAGUUCCUCGAACAGACGGGAGCGGACGACUCGGCGGCCAACCUCAUCUCGCUCUUCCCGAUUUGUUCGCCCGAGAUGGUCGUGUCGGUGACCUACCCGUGCGAGUUCCUCCCCUCGACCAAGUUUUACGGACGGGAAGGCCUCGUGGACGUUGUGCUAGGAUUCUCACGCUUCGUGUUGUUUAAGAGAUUCGCGGUGUCGCGCUACAUGACGACGAAGCAGCCGAACGUGCUGCAGGUGCUGGCUGCCGGUACGAUCUGGAACAAGUCGCUCAAGCGCGAGUUCACGUUCACCACGCGUGAUGAGAUCCAGCUCAGCCCCGGCGGUCGCGUGCUGAACCUCCAGAUGCAGAUCGAGGUCGACAUUGCCGCGUUCCAGAUGUCUGACGCUGAGCGGAAGGCGGCCAAGGCGGAGCGUGCGUUCCAGGCCUCGACGUCGAAGCGUGUGCUGUCGCUGUCGAUCCAGCACUUUCACGUGAACCGUGUGCUGGGUAAGGGUACCUUCGGCACAGUGGUGCUGGCCGAGCGCAAAAACACGGGUGAAAUCUUCGCUGUGAAGAUUCUGGAGAAGAGCUCGAUGUCCAACUACGACAAGCUCCGCACCAAGACUGAAAUGCGAAUCCUUCGCGACGUGCACCACCCGUUCAUCGCCCCGCUGCGCUUCUCCUUCCAGAGUCAGUCGCGCGUCUUCCUCGGCAUGGAGUACUACUCGGGCGGCAGUUUGUACACGCACAUGAACCGCUUCUCGAACAACAAGGAGCACCGCGUGAAGAUCCCACUUGAGCUGGACCGCGUGAAGUUUUACGCUGCUCAGAUCGUGCUCGCACUGUCGCACCUGCAUGCCUGCGACAUCGUGUACCGUGACCUGAAGCCUGACAACAUCAUGAUUGACGUGGAGGGUAACAUCGCUCUCGUUGAUUUCGGUCUCUCGAAGACGAACGUGAACCAGAUGUCGGGGGCGCGUACCAUGGCUGGAUCCCCCGCGUACACAGCUCCGGAGCUCUUGAAGCCGAAGCGCUCGCGUGAUUACGGUAAGGCCGUGGACUGGUGGUGCCUGGGUAUCUUGCUGUACGAAAUGCUGCUUGCCAAGCGACCGUUCCAUCACCUGAACGUGUCAGUGCUGUACAAGCUCAUCGAGAAGGAGCCCGUCAAGUUCCCGUCCAAGUGUGGCAUCCACCCGGACGCUCGCAGCCUGAUCCUGGGCUUGCUUGAGAAGGAUCCAAACAAGCGUCUCGGUGCACGCCAGACGAGCGACAUCCUCACGCACCCGUUCUUCAAGGACGUGAGAUGGAACUUCGUCCUCCGCAAGAAGAUCACCCCGCCGUGGGUGCCUGCCCCCAUGUCCAUGGAGGAGGAGCGCAUGAAGAGCCCAGACAUCAACUUCGACAAGUACCUGGCCUCGAAGACGGCUUCGACGGGCAACAUCUUCAGCGUCAUCUUCCCCUGGAAGACCCCUCGCUCUCGCCACCGCCGUGCAAGAUCGGAGAUGGACUACGACUCGUUCGGCAAGUUUAGCUACGUGAGCGACACAACGAACUCGUUCCUCGUGGACGAAGAUGAGAUGCUGGACGCCGCCUUCACGGGGCGUCGCAGCAUUCAGCUGCAUACUCUGGCAGGAGAAGCCUGAACUCACUGAACAAAAGACGGCGCCGUAGUUGUACCAGCAGAUGCACGUAGAACACUACUAAGGUAAAUUAUUUUUUGAC